AUGGCGAGUAAUGGACAAGGUCCAGCGAUCGGAAUCGAUCUCGGAACUACUUACUCUUGCGUGGGAGUUUGGCAACAUGACCGUGUUGAGAUCAUUGCUAAUGAUCAAGGUAACAGAAUGACGUCGUCUUACGUCGCUUUCACUGACUCCGAGAGGUUGAUCGGUGAUGCUGCCAUGAAUCAGGUCGCUACGAAUCCAAUGCACACCGUUUUUGACGCAAAGAAGUUGGUGGGUCGUAAAGCCAGUGACGUAACGGUCCAAAGCGACAUGAAGCUAUGGCCAUUCAAGGUUAUUUCUGGACCGGCAGAUAAACCAAUGAUCGUAGUCAACUACAAAGGUGCAGAGAAGCAAUUCUCUGCUGAAGAAAUCUCUUCGAUGGUUCUGAUCAAGAUGCGUGACAUUGCUGAAACUUACCUUGGCGCUUCGGUCAAGAAGGCUGUGGUUACUGUUCCUGCUUACUUCAACGACUCUCAGCGUCAAGCUACUAAAGACGCUGGUGUUAUCGCUGGCUUGAACGUUAUGCGUAUCAGCAACGAGCCUACCGCUGCAGCUAUCGCUUACGGUCUUGACAAGAAAGCAACUAGUGUUGGUGCGAAGAAUGUUUUGAUCUUUGAUCUUGGUGGUGGUACUUUUGAUGUCUCUCUUCUUACUAUUGAAGAUGGUAUCUUUGAGGUUAAGGCAACAGCUGGAGAUACUCAUCUUGGUGGCGAAGAUUUCGAUAAUCGAAUGGUGAGCCAUUUUGCGCAAGAGUUUAAGAGGAAGAACAAUAAGGAUAUUAAGGAGGUUGAGAACAGCUUGUGA